AUGUGGACUGUCCGUGUGGGACUGAUCCAAAGGAGUGGGGAUGGUGUGGUCUGGCAGUUGUUGGACCGGUGUGGAAUGGGGAAACGCGAAGCAGGGAAGGCUCAAGGAAGCAGGGGAGAACGAGGAGGGAGGAGAAGAGAGGUGGUGAUUGGGCGGUGUGGAAGCGCGGAACCGCGCCGGAGAGGCGACGGAGGUGGGGUGGUCCCGCAACGGCGGAACAGCAAGGAGGGGGAGAAAGUGGUCGCGCAAACAGGGGAAUUUUUGUGCGGUGAUGUGGGGGUUUCGGGGGGUGGCUGCGGUGGUUUUCCGGCGAGGGUGAAAUUGGGGGUUAAUUCAGGAGAUGGUGCGGUGGCUGGAAGUGUUGGUUGCGUGGUUGGGUGGUGCGGCAGAGGGAGGCAGGGGAGUUUGAGUGGAAGGGAAAAGCAAGGGAGGUGUGGUGUAGUGGUGGCGCGGGGUGGUCGGACGGUGGUAGGCAGAGUUACUGCCGGUGGUGGUGGUGGUGGUGGUGGUGGUGGUGGUUCGAAAUCGAAGCAAAGAUGGUGA